AGAGAUAAACAUAGAAGAAAAUCUCCUAUUGGAUAUCGAUUGGAUGCGUUUUGAAACUCAUUGAAAGGGUGCAAUUUUUCACAGUGCAAGGAUUUGUGUAUUUGAGAACGUUGGAUGCUGCAUGCUGCUCCCGUGUAAACAAGAGGCAACAAGAGAAUAUCAACGAACUACUUCAUACAGUCAAGUAGUAACUAUCAAAAAUGUUAUCUGCAAUUGUUAAAGAACAUCAAAGUAAGCAAGUUGCAAGAAAAGAAAGGCAAGAGCAAAAGCGAAAGGAUGCAGUUCAGGCUGCGAGCAACUUAACACAAGCUCUUGUUGACCAUCUGAAUGUUGGUGUAGCUCAAGCGUACUUGAAUCAAAAAAAGCUAGAUGCGGAAGCAAAGCAACUCCAGCACAGUGCGACUAAUUUUGCCAAACAAACGCAAUUGUGGUUAAAUUUGGUAGAAUCCUUCUCAAGCUCAUUAAAGGAAAUUGGGGAUGCGGAAAAUUGGGCGCGGAGUAUAGAAGGAGACAUGAGAACGAUAGCCACUGCUUUGGAAUAUUCAUACAAAGCAACACAAGAGAAUCAAAGUGCUGGCAAUGGUUAAGGGCAUAAACGAGUGGGAUGUUGUCUACUCUUACAAGCAUAAUCUAGUUAUUGUCACAAACUUUGUGAAGAGUUCUUUUUUUAAUAAUUUCGUCAUGUGAGAGUUUAUAUUAAAAUAUAGAAAUAGUGCAAUUUAAGUUAUGAGAGAAAACCUUUUGUACAUAAUUUUUCAUGAAGUUAAAUGUAUAAUUUAAUGUCUUGUUUUAAUUAAAAAGAAUUAUUGAAAUGUUA